UAUGUUUUAAUCAGGAGGACUGGAGAAAGGAAUUUAAGUGCCUCCUUGAUUAUUAUGGGCUUCAGGCUCACUGUCUUUAAACGGAAUGUAGGUUUGCCUCAUAGCGGUCUGCCUCAUUUCUGCACUCUUGUUUUGUUAAGCUUCUCUCAUUGGGCAUCCACACAAGACUCAAGACUCCUGCACCACAGUACCCAUCAAUCCGUCUGUCUGUCUGUCUUUUUACCCACCCACCCAUCGAGACGUUUUAGACUUAAGUCUGAAAACUGAUCUGUGUCAGUCUAUGCACAAAUACCUAGAGAGCAGGAUAGAGAUCAACCGCAAAGUACCUCUGGGGAAUUGCAAGAAUGGUUGGAUCUAAAGUCAGCAUGCACAUGAUGGCCCAGGGAAACUCUGGCAGACAGUCACCCUUUGGAUAACCAUAAAAAGUCUGAAAGAUCUGAAAGAUCUUUUUGUUUUCCCCCUCCAUUUCCCAUUCUGCACAGAACUGAUCUUCGUGGCUGUACAGUUCCUGGGCUCUUCUAUUAAGUAAAUAAUGACAGUGUCAGGGUCAUGCACUUGAUGUCCUUGUCCUGUCUAUGAAUAACUGUAAUGGUGCCCUCUCACCAGCAGCAACACCCUUCAAAGAGAGCGCAGACAUCUUAUUUACACAAGUGAUAACAGUAUGACAAAGAUGUUUGCCUUCUGUCAUCUUUGUCCUUUGUGUGCGAUCUUUCACGUUUACGUUACAGUAAUUUCAGUUAACAGGUCAUGCGACUUUCAAAACAUUUUCACCACUGACUAAAAUUUCUUUCUAUCUCUCUCGCUCCCCCUUUCAGGGCACAUAAACAAGUGCAGCCAUGUCUGAAGGACCAAAAAAGGCAAAGUUCUCUGCAACACGCAGACUGCUGCUAAAGGGCAAACUGCUGAAGAAAGCAGGGGCCAUGCUGCUGGCUGAGAAGGAGGAGAAGAGGGUGGAGAGGGAGAACACCCUGAACGAGCGCGUUCCCCCUCUCAAACUGGCGGGGUUAUCCGUACAGGAGCUACAGGAACUCUGCAAAGAUCUGCACCGCAAGAUUGAUGUUGUGGAUGAAGCUCGCUAUGAUCUUGAAGUUAAAGCGGCCAAAAAUGAUAAGGAGAUUGAGAAUCUGACUCACAAGAUCUGUGAGCUGAAGGGUAAAAUGAAACGACCCAACCUGAAGAGAGUGAAGAUCUCUGCCGAUGCCAUGAUAGGGGCUCUGGACUCAAAAAUCAAGAAGUCUAAUGACUUCAAGGCCAACCUCAAGACAGUCAAGAAGGAGGAGGAGAAGAAGGAGGAGGUGACUGACUGGCGUAAGAAUGUGGAGGCCAUGUCUGGCAUGGAGGGCAGGAAGAAGCUGUUUAAUGCUGCCCAGUAAAAAUGAAGAAAAUCAAACAGGUUCUACAGAAAGUUGAUACCUGAACCUGGAAGAAAAAAUUUAUCAACUGCUGGGGGAGACAUUGUCAGGAAGAGUAUGACCCUUUAUCCUGUGGAGAAUGACAUAACGUGUUCAAAUAUUGUUAUCUUUUUUAGUUUAUUUGUGCAUUUUGUACAAAAUCAUUGUCGUGCUCUGACUGACCAAAUGUCUGCUGAAUGGAAAAAAAGAAUGUAAAAUGAUGAUGCAUUUGUAUGUAACUGAUCCUUAGAGUGUGUACUUCUUGUUGCCAAACCAAGGCAUAUUUUAUUGUACUAAAACCUAGUCUGUGUUUGCUGUAGCUGCGUACUUCAGCUACACACUGUAUCUAGUGCAGCUGUAUAGGUGUAUGUAAUGCAAGUAUGUAUGAUAGUGGUAAGCCUAAAGAAAGAUAUUUAUUUAAAAGUAAGGUGUUUCUGUGGUGCUUGAGCUGUUGUUUUUGACUGAAUGGUGUCAUAAAAAUAAAUAUAUUGGGUAAAUUCA